UGCAAUUUUCAGGGAGUGCCGUCGUAAAAGAUGUGGACGUUUGAGGAGAAGUGUAAGGACCAAGUCUCUUUUCUCAAACUCACACUGUAGUCUCUUCACAUGGAUGAAGUACAUUCACAGAUUUGCACAGGGUUUGCAGCUACGGCAGGUAGACAUGCUUCAGGAUGGCAUCACUAAAAGCACUGCUACACUCUCAAUGAUGUCUAAAAAACUGCGAAGAAUUUGCCUAAAAAGCCUUAAAAGGCACAGGAAAGAAAAAGGCCAGAAAAUCGGUGGAGUCAACGCUAUCGUCCACAUUGACGAGAGCAAGUUCUGCCAUAAGCGCAAGUACGGAAGAGGGCGCUUCGGGAACAGCUGGAGGAGAAAAAGGACAUGGGUCUUUGGAAUGCUCCAAAUCAAACGGUCUGACAGGCGUCCUAUUCUUCGCCUCGUGCAGAGACGAAAUAAGGAGACCCUUGUUCCUAUCAUCAAAAAGCAUGUGAAGCAUCACAGUCUCGUCGUAAGUGAUGAGUGGAGAGCGUAUGCCGGUCUCGCCACAGAGGGCUACAGGCAUGUCAGGGUGAACCACAGCCAACAUUAUGUUGACCCUCAGACAGGACUCCAUACUCAGAACCUCGAGAGAGCGUGGCAGACCUAUAAAAAGGAAAUUUGGAGAAUGCGGGGGAAUCGGUCGGAGAAGGCCUUGAAAGAGCAGCUCUGCUUUAUUGAGUGGACCUACUGGUUAGCGAGGAAAAAUUCAGAAGGUGUCCUUGGCAGGCUUGUCAAGGACAUAAGGCGCUCCUAUCAGACAUAGGAAGCAGAGCUUGGCAUUGAUCAAAAUAAGCUGAAAUGGACAGAGGAGAAAGGGGAGUGUUUUAAUUUAUUUUUAAAAGAAAAGUUUUUGUUGUAUAUGUUCAAACGGUUUAUAGUAUUCUUGGUUCUUUUGACUCUUCAAACUCUUCCUUUGUAAAAAGAGUUCUGUUAAAGAUUUUUUUUUUUUUAAUAAUAAAGUUGUUCAUUUCACUUUGCGGUCAUCCAGUGUUACUGAUCAGUUGAGCAAAACUUGUCUCUAUUUUGUACAGUUACUAGUUUGUAGUUUGUCUACUGUUCUCAUCUGUUUUCACUUUAAUUUGACAGUCCUAAGACCUCUCUACUAAUACUUGGUUGAAUAUCGACUGAUAGUUUGUUGAGAAUCAACUAUUUUCUCUGUUUUGCUCUGUUAAUAGUUUGCACACACUAAACUGUUUUCACUUUAAUUUGACAGUCCUAAGACCUGUCUACUAAUGCUUAGUUGAAUAUCGACUGAUAGUUUGUUGAGAAUCAACUGAUAGUCAACUAUUUUCUCUGUUUUGCUCUGUUAAUAGUGUGCAGACACUAAACUGUUUUCACUUUAAUUUGACAGUCCUAAGACCUGUCUACUAAUGCUUAAUUGAAUAUCGACUGAUAGUUAGUUGAGAAUCAACUAUUUUCUCUGUUUUGCUCUGUUAAUAGUUUGCACACACUAAACUGUUUUCACUUUAAUUUGACAGUCCGAAGACCUGUCUACUAAUGCUUAAUUGAAUAUCGACUGAUAGUUUGUUGAGAAUCAACUGAUAGUCAACUAUUUUCUCUGUUUUGCUCUGUUAAUAGUGUGUAGACACUAAACUGUUUUCACUUUAAUUUGACAGUCCUAAGACCUCUCUACUAAUGCUUAGUUGAAUAUUGACUGAUAGUUUGUCGACAGUCAUAUGACAAUCAACAGGUUGUCACCUACACAGGGUGCCUAUUGAUUGAUAAAAUAUUCUCAUCUUUAUUUUACAAUGAACAUAUAUGAUCAACAGAGGGUUGAAUGUUCAUUCAUUAGAUGUGUUCCUUGUGAGUGGAGGGUAAGUUGAUCCAUAUGAAACGUAAGUUGAGAAUUGGUUAAUAACAGCAGUUGAUAGUCAACUUACUAGAAGUUGACACUCAACUGAUAGUUGAAUAUUUGUAAAGAACAUGUAGUAAAAAGCACAAUGUCUGUUGCAGACUGUUUUUGUAAAAAUAAAUUAACGAAAUAAAAAUAUACUAUAGUUAACUAACACUUAGUUGAAUGCAUGUUACAUAUUUGUUGACAAGCUCUGUAGAAUAUCAACUAACUCACUGUUGAAUAUCAACUAAACACCAGCUAAUAGUGCAACGUGUAGUUAAAUUAGUUAGUUGAAUGCUUGUUUCUUAUCUGUUGAAAGCUUUGUUGAUUAUCAACUAACCAUCUACUAAUAAUGCAACUAAUAGUUAACUGACAGUUAGUUGAAUGCAUGCUACGUGUACAAAACAACAUCUACUAAUAGCGCAACUUAUAGUUAACAGACAGUUAGUUGAAUCCAUGUUUCUUAUCUGUUGAACAAGCUCUGUCAAAUAUCAACUAACCAUCUACUAAUAGUGCAACUUAUAGUUAACUUACAGUUAGUUGAAUACAUGUUGCUUAGUUAGUUGAAUCCAUGUUUCUUAUCUGUUGAACAAGCACUGUCAAAUAUCAACUAACCAUCUACUAAUAGUGCAACUUAUAGUUAACUUACAGUUAGUUGAAUACAUGUUGCUUAUCAGUUGAGAUAGUUCGGUUGAAUGUCAACUCAUUCACUGUUGACAUGCAACUGAAUAUCUACUGAUGGCUUGUUGAGUGUCAACAGUGGACUAUCAAACUAAAGUGUUACCG